UCCAGAAUAGAAAUCAUUUUCAUAUCUCCCAUAAUUCUUUCAAUUUUGCCAAUGGAUUUAAGCACCAAUGAGAUAAUCAAGGAUUUUUCACCUUUCUUCAGAGUCUUCAAAGAUGGCCGAGUGGAGAGGCACUUUGUCAUGGAGCCUGCUACGGCACGCCUAGACCCAAAGACCGGAGUUCAGUCUAAAGAUGUGGUGGUUUCACCUGGCGUCAGGGCCAGAAUUUUCAUGCCAGAAAUCAGAAGCCCAGAUCGGAAGCUUCCACUGCUUGUCCACUACCAUGGCGGUGGCUUUUCCAAUGGAUCUGCCUUUGAUACGCUGACUCAAAAAUUGGUUACCCCUCUUGUAAUACAAGCCAAUAUCAUCAUCAUUUCGAUUGAUUACAGGCUAGCCCCCGAACACCUUCUACCAAUUGCAUACGAUGAUUCAUGGGCUGCGCUACAGUGGGUUACUUCUCAUGCAAAUGGACAGGGGCCUGAACCAUGGCUCAAUGAGAAAGCGGAUCUCGGGCGGGUUUUCUUGGGUGGUGAAAGCGCCGGAGCCAACAUUGCCCACUAUGUCGCAGUCCAAGCUGGUGCUACCAAAUUGGUUGGUUUAAAAAUCAUUGGGAUGCUUAUUGUUCAUCCAUUUUUCGGCAGUAAAGAGAUCGACGAAUAUGGAAUGUACAAGUACAUUUGUCCAACAAGUGCCGGCUUCGACCAUGACCCGAAACUGAACCCGAAAGUGGAUCCGAACUUGAAUCAAUUGCCAUGUGAUAAGGUCAUUGUUUUGGUAGCAGAGAAAGAUACGUUGAGAAGCAGAGGAGAGGCUUACUAUGAAACUUUGGUGACGAGUGGGUGGGGAGGAAAUGUGGAAUUUUUCGAGACGAAAGGAGAGGAUCAUUGCUUCCAUGUUUUCAUCGACAAUGACAACGCUGAAGUCUUGAAGAAGAAAAUGGUUGAUUUUAUAAAGACAGAUUGAGCUAGUAUCUUCCAUGGGGAGCAAAUAUAUGCAUUGUUAUAAUAAUUUUACUCGAUUUACCGACGGUUCGAGUGAAUGAAUUUGACGCUUUUAUGUGUUACUUUAGCGACAAUAAAAGGAUUGUUGUUAUUGGAUAUGG